AUGUAUUUGUUAUUAAGUUUACUAGUUGUUAUUGCAUUAAGUGUGCCUGAUGGCAAUACAAACUCGUCAAACGAUCAUUUACUUAUUGAACACAGUGUCACUCUGGAAAGUGCUAAAAAGGCAAUUCAACAUAUUGAACCAGACUUGAUGAUAGGAGUUGGUUGCAAGGAAUGUACUAGAAGAGAAAUUGAAUAUUGUUUGUCCAAUGAUAUUAUUGAUGAUCAUUGUUGUUGCCAGAGGAAAUAUCAUGAGGUAUUUCCUUACAUCGAACAUACUUGUUAUGUAAGAUCUAGAAAUUGUGAACCUACUGUUCGAGACUGUGGAGUAUUUGAUCGAUUAUUGUCUUGUUGUUGUCAUCAUUAUCUUGGAACAAAAUGUGGGGAAAAUCAAAAUGUCAACCACCAUUAAUGGCCAGAGUCAAAAAAG